UAUAUAACCGAUUAUUCACGCUGCACUUCAGAAAUUAAAGAUUUUCGGACACUGAAACCUUGAAACCGGGACCAACCGUUUUAGAAAAUGGAACUUUUAAGUAAAGCGAUAGGUGUCUUCUGCCUUGCUAUCAUUAUACCACUGUAUUCUAGAGCACAUCGCCGCGAUCGAAGUGAUCCGCCACUGUUAAGAAGUGUUGGCAGAGGCCUUACUUACGAACGACAGACUGGUCAGGUGAAUUCACAAAUCCAGCCUGAGUCACAGCCAAGCUAUGGAAGAAAUAGCCGAGGUUAUAGUAUGUCAAGUUCAGAUGACAUUUAUCUUGGAGGGCAGAAAAGACGGACAAACCUACGUGCACGGCCUCAGUCACCAUCAACUUCUGGAAGAAAUCGUCGUCGAGGUUCCCGUGUAUCCCGUUCUAGAAACCUUGGAUUCAUAACACGGAAUAGACAGGGCCGUCAAACUAGGCCUCAUUCACAGUCAACUUACGGUAGAAAUCGUCGGGGUUCUCAUAGGUUGCGUCCUGGAAACCGUGGAUACCGAACACGGAAUAGACAGGCCAGCCAAGCUAGGUCUCACUCACAGGCAACGUACGGUAGAAACCGUCAAGGUUCUCUAAGGUCACUGGGUUUCCGAGGACGAAACAGACGGACCCGAACCAAUACACGAGCAAGUGGACGGGGUUCCAUAUUAUCAAAUAGAUGGGGUUCAGAUGACGAUAGCUCAGAAGAUAUGGAUGAUUAUGAAGACAGGUGGGAUGCGGUUGAAGAUCGGUUAGAAGAUAUUGACGACGACGAUGAUUCUGAUUCUGAUUCUGAUUCUGAUGAUUCUGAUGAUGAUGAUGAUGAUUUGCGAAGAAUUUUUAUCAAUCCCUGGCCCAGAAUACGAUCUAGAAAUAACUGGGACUUCGAUGAUGACGAUAGAUAAUUUGCAUACAUGAACGUUUAAAACGUAUAAUUAAUACAUACAUCUGUUUAAAAUCCUAUUGCUGAUAUUUUGUACAUUGCAUGAAUACUGAAUGCUGAUGUCAUGAAAUCUGCAUAACCUUUACAACAUAAAGCAAAUGAAUCUUGCAGUUAAAACACCGUCGCGUUGCUACAUACGGACUCUACAUUUUAUAUAACUAUUCAGCUUAGUGAAAAUUAAAGUUUCUGACAUUAAACCCUAAUCUUCAAAGCUUUAUUUAGUUGCUUCAAAAAAGCCUUAUAAAUUAUAUCACACCUUGCAGAAAGAGAGCAUCUAAAAACAUAAAAAAACUUGUUGUAUAAUAAAACAAUGGAAACAGAAAAAGUGAUCUCUUAAGGUAUUGGACCCCUAAUAGUAAUGUUUAAAAAUGGCAUUUGCUUGGUAUAUUCUUAAAGUUGACCAUGUUUCGCAUUGUGUUGCAAAUUUUAAACAACUUUUACCGUGCCGUUUUUUUUGUUUUUUUUUGUUUUUUUUUUUUUUGUAAAUUUUGUAUAAUUUAUGGAAUUUCCUCAAGCUCAAGUAAAAACUAAUUUCAAUGUGAUGGCCACUAUCUAAAACGUUUGCAGAGAAUUCAAUACAGCAUUAAUUUUGAUAAAAGAAACAUAAAACUAUUGUUAAACAAUUAUAAAACACAAAAUAAAACUGUAAAUAUCAUUUUUUUCUAGGGUGUCUCAGGUAAACAGAUUUAAUGAGACAGAAUUUUAACUCCAACAUUGAAAAAGUAAGGUGGAAUCCUGUGGGUCUGUUUUGAAUUUUGCGCACUUUAUUAAAAAAUAACCUUGGGCAGAAGUAAAACCUACCUGCAUUUCUUCCACAAUAUGUAAUCUAAAGAAUGAAGGCAAAAUAGAUAACUUUUACCGCAUGUAACUCAGUAUUUUAAAAGAUGUCUAACUCUACCCUUCCUGAUUCAGUGGUAAAUUCACUUUGAACAGCAAGAAAUCGCUUAUAAAAUGAAAAUUUUCCACUUUUAUACAAUACAUCCAUAAUUAGUCUUGAAAGAAGUAAAAACUUACUAGAAAAAAAGGAAAAUAUGGAAA